AUGGAAAAAACCCGAAACCUACUUAUUUUUUUAAUUUAUUCAGCCUUUGCUUUUGAUGAUGUUCUUAGUGUAGGACAGAGCGACUGCAUCUCACAAGAAAGUUUAUGACGUAUUUUCAAAUUAAAUACUUCAAAUAUCAAGCAACGAUAUAUAAGGAUUGAUUUAAUACUAACCGAAUUUGGGUUCAAAACUAUGCCUAUACUAGCCCUCCGUUUCAAUAAUUAUCCACUGUUUUUGGAUCAAAAUGACGCUUCUAGUUUGAUUUCCAAUUACGCCGAUUUAUAUUCAUAUGAAAAUCAGCUGAAAGAGCAUUCACUAAUUUUCGAUUACAAAAGUUUACCUCAGAACUCAAUUUAUUAUUUAAAACUUAUAAAAAUAAAUUGAUUUAAAAAAAAUUAUAAAUAAUUAUUUCUAUAAUUCAAUGGCUCAGGAUAUAGGAAUUGCAAACCCUAAUUACGAAAACAGUAAAAUAUCAUAUAUAUUAGAGUUUAGUCAAUAUGAUGACUAUAUUUGUGCAUCAGAUUGCUCAAAUAAUGGCUAUUGCUCUAAGCUAGAUUCAUGCAGCUGUGGCUCUUGCUAUAUAGGGAAAAAUUGUGGGAUUCACGCUUCCAAGCUUACUUUUAAAAACCCCACACAAAUGGAAGUAAAAAACAACGAAAUCGGCUAUUUUGAAGCAAUUUUAACCUCCAAAAAUUUCUCAUCUGAUAAUUGGAAAUUUUAUAUUAACUGCGAAUGGUCUGGGGAAAUUGGAAUACUUUAUGUAGGGAACCCUGGAAAUAGGUAAGCUAUAAAUAGUGUUGACGAACUUCCCAAUAGUGAUGAUUAUUUUUCUCGAUUAAAUUUAGGCAAUUUUUCUCGAUCAGGAUCCAUAAUGGUCGAUACCUCAAAUUUCAGCCAAAAAAUCGUUUUAGUAUCAGUUUGAAACACUUUAGUAAAUUCAAAUAAUAGCUUAUUGGUGACUUGCCAAUUAUCUAAGCCAAGUUCUUCGUCAGAUUCCUACACAAUAAUCACUAUUAUAUGGAUUUCUAUCAUUUGUAUUGUCCUUUCAUUAGUCAUUGCAAUUCUUAUUUUCUUUCUGUUUAGACAUCAAGCCAGGGUCCAAGUCUACGAUUCUAAUGCUUUUAGGGUGUCUGGAAUAAAUCAAGAAUCAAUAGAAAAGAUGUACCCAAGUAAGCCUAUAAAAAAUGUGGCUUCUCAUUUGGGUAAUAUUUGUGUGAUUUGUAUGGAAGACUUUAAGGGAGAUUCUAAUGUAAGAAAAUUGAACUGUGGUCAUAUUUUUCAUGUCGAAUGUAUUGAUGAAUGAUUUAAACAUCAUAAAGCUUGCCCUAUGUGUAAAAGAGAUUGCGAAGUGCCUGACAUAGUAGUAAAAGAACUUAUUUUCGAUGAAUUAGGAGAAGGAACAAGAAUGGUGUCAUCAGAUAGAGGAGGUGAAGCGGAAUUUUUGGAAAUUCGGGUUACUUACUCCCUCCUACGUCCCCUCAGUGAGCGAACGAAAAAAUCUUACUCCCCCCUCCGUAAGUGAACAAAAAUAUUUUGUUCAUUCACGGAGGUGGUUUAAUUUUUUUUUUUUAAAAAAAUUUAUAUAUAAAUUUUAUACAAAACAAUUUUUUUUUUAAAAUUACAAAAAAAUCCUAAUUUGCAAAAAUUGGAAAGCAAAUAUUAAUUUAAUUUAUAAAAUUAUGUUUUAAAACGCGAUUUAAACAGAAUUAGCAAAGAGAUUUCAUUAUACUAAUUAUCACUUAUAUAUCAAAUUUUUUUUAUAAAAUAUUUUUUCAAUUAAAAAAAUUUUUGCUCACUCAAGGAGGGUGGGUUUUUGGGCAAAAAAUAGGGAUUUUUCUAAUGGUUUUGUUCACUCACAGAGGGGGAGUUAGUUUUUUUAAAAAAAAUUUAUAUAUAACAUUUAUAAAAAUUUUUUUUUUUCUUCAAAAUUUAAAAAAUCCCACUUCGCAAAAUUGGAAAGCAAAUAUUUAUUAAUUUUGAAAAAUUUAUGUUUUUAAACGCAUUUGUUUAAAAUUAAACAGAAUUAGCUACAGAUUUCAUUAUACUAAUUAUCACUUAUAUUUUUGUUCGCUAAUGGAGGGUUGGCUUUUAAGCAAAAAAUAGGGAUUUAUCUAAUGGUUUUGUUUGCUCACUGAUUAGGGGAGUUAG